UGAUUAGUUUUGCAGAGGAGCGAAGGGACGCCAGCUUUCGGGGAGGAGGCUGGGUCGAGGCUGGAGGGGGUGACUGGGGAAUGGAAUGGAACCUCAGAAGGAUGGAAAGUGAACUGAGGCACAUCAACCCGGACCUGCUGCAGCCCAGCAAGAGCUUCAAGAAGCCCUCUUCAGGCACCAUCACCCUCAAUGUAGGGGGGUUUUUGUACACUGCCCACCGGACCACCCUUUCCAAGCACCUGGGGUCCUUUCUGGAAGAACUGGCCAAUGGUAAAAAGCCCGUUCAGCACACAGAUUCUAUGGGCAACCCCUUUGUCGACAGGGACGGUCCCGUUUUUCGCCACGUUCUGAACUACCUUCGAACCGGUGAGCUUCAGCUGCCUGAUGACUUCCGGGAGGCGGGGCUCCUGCGGCGGGAGGCCGAUUUCUACCGCCUGAGUGAACUGGUGGAGGCCGUGGCCGAGUGGGAGAGCCAAAGGGCUGCCCAGCGAGAACCGGCAUUCCUGGAGGUGACCGAUAGCCACGAGAGGUCGCAGGGCCUCAAGGUGUACUGCAGCGACGCCGGCUUCAUCGACAAGGUCAAAGCGCGGCUGGUGCAGAUCUCCAAGAGCCGUCUAGACGGCUUCCCAGAGGAGUUUGUGGUGUCGUCCAACGUGAUCCAGUUCCGACACUUCAUCAAGUCGGAGCCCGGCUCACGGCUCGUCCUGAAGGAGGACAGCACGUUCCUGUGCACACUGGACUGUCUGAAACUGGAGACGGUGAUGCUAGCACUGAAAUCAGGCUUCAAGCUGGUGACCAGCCUCGACAGCAGCAAAGGCUCGGUGGUGGCGGCCGAGGCCCUGCACUUUGUCAAAUAAGAUGACUGGAAACAGAGUU